AAUUGUAGUUUAACGCUAAACUACGUACAUAAGUACUAUAAUAUAAGUAAUUAUAUUUCAAAAUACAUUAAAAAUAAACUCCAUUUAUUGGGAGUUAUUUCAAAAUAGCAAAACAAGAAGGAAAAUAUAGACCAGACUCUGGAAUUAUGGGUGCUAGUUUGAAUUUCCCCUCUAGAUAACGAUUGUUUAGAAUAACCGCCAAACACUUUAUGAAUGAAUGCCGCUGAAAAUGGUACCCAGAUCUUCAUGCUUGUUGCCCGUGUUGCGAUGCGCUUACGCAGCUCUAUGUUUUAUUGCAUUGAAGCAUAACAACUACUCCCCUCCCCCCGGUGGGCUAAUCCUCGACAUGGAGCCGUUCCAUUCGUUUUCGUCGAAUUCUCAAGAGCAUCGUCGUGAGACAAACCAAAUGUUGAAUCACUUCGAUUCAUACUCGCGUCGUAUUGCAACUUCUACUUCUGUACCGUUUCUGGAGUACCAAUACUGCACUCUGCGCCCUGGGCUCUUGAAGGAGAACGAAGAGAACCGACAACAACCACAAAAACACACAUCUGCAUUCCGGGUGUUUGCGUUCAUUUUGCCGGCCAGUUUUCCCAUCCCAUCCGGUUUCAGUUCAUUUGCUCAGCUGCGCUUCUAUCCCGCCUUUUUCCCGUUCUUAUGAAAGCUGCCCCAGUCGUGUCCAUACUAUAUGGUCCGCGUAUGGUAAACGCAUCUGUUCUGAACAUUUCUCCACCACUUCGCACUCGGUCGGUGGGGUAAUUUUUUUGUGAGGGGUGGUGGGUUUCGCGCUGUUCGGUGGUGUGGUGUUACACACUGUAGCAGCACUCAGCACCCUUCGACUUAUCUUCCAGCUAGUGUGCGCAUAUGUGAGGGAUGUUCGCCAACCGUUUUAAUCGCGCACCACAGUCGUCGCUUGCAUCGCGUACUCCUCCGCCGUGUUUCCCCCCAAACCAAGGGCUGAUCGCGUAUUGCGCUCGCAAGUCUUAAGAACCAUAAGAACCUAGCUGGGUGUCUGUGCGUCUUUGGAGGCGUUCUUUCGUUUUCAUAUUUAUCACUCUCACUUUCGCCCAUCCAGCCCACUCCAGCUGCUGUUUGUGGCCGGCACAACAGUUCAUACUCAUUGGCGCAUUGUGGUGGAUCGUGUGACGCUGGUAGCAUUCACAGCUUUACACAGCUACAGAGCUAAAAAUCUCUCUGUGGCUGGCCCUAUCAAAAAUUCGACUUUUGUUUGCUGACGCCAAAAGCACGGUUUCGUGCCAAUGAUUGUACGGUUUCGCAUAUCGCGCGAACGUUAGUGAUCCGCGUGCUUAAUCAAUUACGAUCACCCGCGAAACUAGGCCGAUCGCUUCCGGGGUCGAUCGCAUCGGUUCGAGUGUGUGUGUCUGUGCGUUGUCAAUAGUUGCAUUGUUUGAAUGAUUCUUAGUAUCUGGCUAGUGUCCCCAACAACUAACACCACAAUGCCAUUAUGUUACACGUGUGUGGUGAAUGAAACAAUAUUUAAUUAAUUCCCCUUUAAGCUCUCGACGUGUGGCAGCAUCUCGUGAUCUCGAGGCGUGAAAAAGAAAACCAACAGUGUUUAAUCAUGAGUAACGGCUCGGUCGGAAAUCUCACCGAUCCCUGCAGCAACUACGCAGAAGAGGAUGGUGUGUUCUGCUCCACGGAAAUAUCGAUCGUGGCCGCAUCGAGUGCUACCUUUAUCGCGGUACUGGGAACAAUCGGAAAUGUGACGACUUUACUAGCGCUCGGUCGAAACCGCCCGGUACGUCAGCGACGGCGUCAACCGACAACCGCUUUCGUAAUGUCGCUGGCCACCGCCGAUUUACUGUUUUGUGUUGCGGUUAUGCCUCUCAUGGCGCUUCGUUACGGUCGACGAAGAUGGCCAUUCGUUGCCAACAGUUUGUGGUGCAGACUGUUUCCAGUCGCACUGUAUGGAACGGUGGCCACAUCCGUGCUGAGCUUGGUGGCAUUAACCGUCAAUCGGUAUGUGCUGAUAGUGCAUCCCAGCUGGUACGGAUCGGUUUAUCGUACGCCCGGUAUGGUACCAUUGCAGUUGGCAAUUUGUUGGGCCAUUCCUUACGGUUUGAUGGCUUUGCCACUAUUUGAACUUUGGGGUCGUCUAGGAUUCGAUCGCCGAACAUUCUCCUGCACAGUUUUACCCUCGAUCAGUUCGGCGGGCAAUUUUUCCGCCAGUCCAAAGAAAUUCAUAUUUAUCGUAGGAUUCGCCUUACCAUUCUGCGCUAUCGUAUUAUGCUACACGGCCAUCAUCGGUGCAGUUCGACGACAGCGGCGCAAUAUGCAACGAUAUACAGCCAAGCCGACCGUUUCAGCUACUUCCACACCCGGUAACAUUCCGGGAUCCAGUAAUGACGAUGAUGAGCGGCAUUUGACACGCACAACGGCCGCUAUAUUCGGAUGUUUCAUGCUCUGCUUUCUGCCACUAACGAUCGCCAACGUGCUGUUGGAGGAUGCUGCAUCGGCUGGAGAGGCAGGCGAUGUUCACGUGCUCGCAUCGAUCCUCACUUGGCAUUCGGCCGUACUUAAUCCCUUCAUCUAUGCGCUCGGUAGUCGGCACUAUCGCAACGCUUAUUGGGCCGUUCUUCGCUGUUCUGAUUGCAAAAGCACAACAUCCCAGCGAAGGAUUACUUUCCAUCGACAGCAGUCGCCUAUGACUCCGGGCGCAACGAAGUCAACUAAAGUUGGAAGUGGUGCUGCGGACAAUACGGGAAGUGGAACACAAAAUAAUUCGGAAGUGUAACAAAUUGAAAAACCAAAAAACUAAACAUAAUCAUCCAAAGAUUAAGAUUCCAGUACAUAAAUUUUAAUAAAAUUCUAACUCAUUGUUUAAGAUUGAUUGUUUUAUUGCCGGUAAUUGAUAGUACAAGUGGCAAAAUAUUAUCUUCAAUUGUUAAAAAUUAAAUUUAAAACAAUUCGAUGCGUAUUUUUUUAUUAAUCCGCUAGUGAUCUUCACUUACAUAAAUGGUGAUCAUUUUAACGUCCCAUACUUAUGGCUUUCACUAUAACA